AUGGAGACCUCUGAGGUGCAGAACCAGCUGCAGAAGUUGCUUGCCAAGGACACUCCUCCGGGCAGCAAGGUCUGGAGCUGGAGCUACGACGAAGACCCGCACGACCCGCAGCUCUUCCGCGCGCGCGUGCAGAUCACUGCCUGGCGCAGCGUCUUCUCCGGCGACUGGUGCAGGGGCAAGAAGCUCGCGCAGCGGAACGCCUGCCUCGAGGUGAAGCGGGCCCUGGACAGGAUGGCCGACGGUGGGCAGCCGGACCCGCGGUGA